AGUCUGUCUGUAGCGAUAGCACAUUAGAGAGGGAGCAAAAAUGUUAACAAUUUUAACGGAAUACAUCAACAUAAAGAAUUCAAAUAUUUUUUUAUUUAACUUAAUUUAUUUUUUACAACGAAGUUUAUUUUAUAAUAAAACCCUGCGCAUCUGAAAGUGUAAAUAAAAGAUAGAAUUAUACAGUGAACUUUCGAUUUGUGCAUCUGACUGGUUUGAACUCUAAUGUUAUUUUUGUUUCAUUAGUCAAAUUGUUGAUGCUUACUGUAAACGUAAGAGAAAGAAAGGGAAUAACUACGUACAGUAUGUGCUCGUAUUAGUUUAAAAACCUCGUAAUUUAUAAAUGUGAUUUUUUAUUGGAAUGGUGCUAAAGAUCAGUGCAGUGUAACAAGAGCUAUGUCAGAAGCUACAACACCGACGGCUACCGAGGCGCCGGCGCUGGAUGAUCGCGAUGUCGAGCCGCGAACGCCCAUGAAACGGCUCGGCUCCACCAGGAAACUGGCCGCCUUCAACAACAUCCGGAUGCAGCUGUCCGAGCAGACGCGCGUGCUGGAGGCGCGCGCCGAGGCGACGGCGGGCGUGGCGGGCGAGCUGCACGACUACUGCCGCCGCCGCGCCGACCUGGAGCACGACUACGCGCGCGCGCUCGACAAACUGGCGCGGGCCGCCGCCCAGCGACACAAGGACCAGAAGCACAAGCGCGAGCAGUGGUCGCUGACGAGCGGGUACGCGUGCUGGCAGGCGGCGCUCGAGCACACGCGCGGGCUGGCGCGCGACCACGCCGCGCUCGCCGACCUGUACGCCGGGCCGCUGGCCGCGCGCCUGCAGCGGGCCGCCGACGACGCGCUGCGCCUGCACCGCAAGUGUCGCGACAUCGUGACGGAGCGCCACGAGGAGGUGGGCGCGGCGCUGGGCGAGGCGGCGGGCGCGGGCAAGGCGCACGCCGCCGCCGCCGCCGACUGGCGCGCCGCCGCGCUCAAGCUGCGCCACGCCUACGACCAGCGGCAGCGCGUCGCCGCCGUCGACCCGCCGCGACACAAGAAGCUCAAAGCGCUCGAUAAGGAACUAGAAAAGCGGCGCGCGCGGCACCGCGCGGCCCACGAGCGGGCGCUGCGGGCGCGCGCCGACUACGUGCUCAGUCUGGAGGCCGCCAACGCCACGCUGCAGCGGUACUACCUCGACGACAUCGCAGACAUCAUACUGUGCAUGGAGGUGGGGUUCGAGGGCGUGGUGGGGCGCGCCGUGCGCACGGCGGGCGAGGCCGAGGCGGCGGCGGGCGGCGCGCGCGUGGCCGCGGCCGGCGCCCUGCGCGCCGCCGCCGCCGCGCUGGACGCGCUGGGCGCGCGCACGCGCCUGCUGGACGCGCACGCCGCCGCCUUCACGCUGCCGCGCCCGCUGCUGGCGCCCGCCGCCGCCGACGCCGCCGACGUGCUGGCGGACGCGGCCGACGAGGCGCGCGACGCGGCGGCCGCGCAGGUGGCGGACGAGCUGGCCGUGCGCCUGGCGCAGCUGGACGCCGCGGCCCGCCAGCUGCGCGCCGAGUGCCGCGAGCACGCCAAGACGCUGGACGCCGCCGAGGCCGAGCUCAUCAAACAGAUAGAGGGCGAUGAUGCCUCCUGGGACGUCAGCGGAGUGUUCGGGCCGGGGGGCGCCGGCGUCGGCGCCCUGGCCGCGCCGCCCGCGCCCCCCGCCGCGCCCGAGGACCAGGAGGACUACUACCUGCACAAGUUCCGCGCCUACGUGGCGUGCGCCGGGCGCCUGGCGCGCCUCGAGGCCAAGAGCGCGGCGCUGCGCGGCGGCCUGGCCGGGGGCGCGGGCGCGGGGGCGCGGCCGCGCUCGCCGCCCACGCCCCCGCGGCGCGCGGCGGCGCGGCUGCGGCGCGGCCAGUGGGCGGCCCCGCUGGAGGCGCGCCUGCCCGCCGUGCUGGUGUCGUGCGUGCGCGUCAUCGCCACGUACGGGCUGCGCCAGCAGGGCAUCUUCCGCGUGUCGGGCUCGCAGGUGGAGAUGCAGGCGCUGCGCGCCGCCUUCGAGCGCGGCGAGGACCCGCUGGCGGGCGUGCGCGACGCGUCCGACAUGAACUCGGUGUGCGGGCUGCUGAAGCUGUACCUGCGCGAGCUGCGGCCGCCGCUGCUGCCGCCGGCGCUGCAGGAGCGCCUGCUGCGGGUGGCGGCGCUGCCGGACGACGCGGCCUUCGUGCGCCGCCUGCGGGCCACGCUGGCCGCGCUGCCGCUGCCGGCCGUGCUGGUCCUGCGGUACCUGUUCGCCUUCCUGGCGCACCUGGCCGAGCACGCCGAGCACAACAUGAUGGACGCCUGGAACCUGGCCAUCUGCCUGGGGCCCACGCUGCUGGCGGCCUGGGGCGAGGGCGGCGCGCAGGUGGCGGCGCAGAACCUCGUCAACGAGCUGGUGAAGCGCAUCAUCCUGCACCACGCCGACAUCUUCCCGCAGGACGUGGCGCCGCACGCGCUCUACAGGCGCUUCGGGGAGGGCGAAGGCGAAACGGACCCGCAUGUCGGCGGGGGCGCGGAAGACGGGAGCUCGACGAACGGCGGUGCGGAAGGAGGGGGCGCGACGGACGGGGUGGGGGCGCCGGCGCUGGGCGCGGCGGACGAGGCGGACGGGCCGGACGGGCCGGACGGACCGGACGGACCGGACGAGCUGUCUCUGUACGACGUCGACGAUGACGACACAGACGACAUCAGCGACGAGGACGGAGAGAGCGGCGACUGGGACCGAGACUCCGUCGAACUACGCAGCCCCGCCCCCGCGGCCGCGCCCCCCGCGCCCCCGGCCGCCGCGCCCCCCGCGCCCCCGGCCCCGCAGGCGCCGCCGCAGGUGGAGCCCGACGGAGGGGAGCCGCCGGGAGACGCCGCGGCCGCCGCCCCACCCUGCAGGCUGGCGGAGAGCACGCCCGACCUGGUGCUGGACCUGCCGGCGCGGCCCGAGCCCGACCCCGCCGACAACUUCGCGCACAACCGCGACACGCUGCGCAAGCGGCCCGCGCCGGCGGGCGCCCCCGCGCCGGCGGCGGCGCCCGCCAGCCCGGUGCCGGCGCGCAACACGGCGCGCGUGGCGGCCAAGUUCGCGGAGCUGACGCUGACGGGCGGCUCGCUGAAGCCGGCGCUGGCCGCCAAGCCCGCGCUGCUGCGCCGCCCCACGCCGCACCCGCAGCACGCGCCGCGCGCGCCCGACGCCGCCAGCUAGGCGCCGACCUCUAUUUCUAAUUAUUUUUUAUACGCGUCGUGGAGGUGCACGGUCGGCCCCGGCCCGAAGCUUUGACGGACGGCAGAUUUAAAUGUGCUAUAGAUUUAGGUAGUAAGUGCGUAUUUUUUGAAAUAAUUUUAAGUCGUCGAAAGAGGCUAAACGUGGUGCGGUGGUCCGCCCCGUCCGCGGCGGUGGCGGCCGUCCCCCGCGACGCAUUAUACAUUAUACUCAGUCGACUGUGUUGUAUCUACCUUAUGUAACCCCUUACUCAAUAAACCAGUAUUACAAA